GUCUCCCGAUGUAAAGAGAUCUGGAUGAGCUCCCACUGGCAACUACUGGUAAUGGGGAAAACCCAGUCAUCUGUUUACUAAGGGCCUGAUUCAAUGCUCAUGAAUGGGAAUUGUUCCCUUGACUGCAGUGGGCCCCUAAAUACAACACUUAAAAAUGGAAUUUCAGUAGUGGGCAGGAGGCCUGAAGUUCCCAUGUUGGGGCAGGGUCCUGCUGGUAUUGUACCAAAACGUUACCUGCUAGUGCAGGCCUCCUCAGCAGGAUGAGUUACAGAAUGAUGAGCCAGUGCCUGAUGCUGCUGCUGGUUUUCCAUUGGGCUCCAAAAACAGCAGAAGCCCAAGAACAUAGAAUUGUUGGUACAGGCUCUUCAGUGCUGUUAACUGCAUUGCCCACCCAUGACCAAACAGUCAUAAACCAUAUACAGUGGGAAUACAUAAGUAGUGUCCCAGCUCUCAGUGUUGUGGAUUACUAUGGAACUGGAACAGAACCUAUUGUCUUUAAAUCCUAUAAAGACAGAGUCAUUUUCUAUUCAUCCAAUGGCUCCCUCUUGUUGAAAAACGUACAUGAGACAGACAGCGGGACCUACAGAGCUACCGUCAAUUUGAACAAAAUUAAAGCCAGGCAAACUACACUGCUAGUCUUAGAGCCUGUGUCCAAAGCUCAGAUACAGAUAAAUUCUACUGUGGCCGGUUCAUCCAUUGAAUUAUCCUGCAAGGUGCUGGCUGGCAAAGUGCAAGCUAUUGACUGGAAGAAAGAUGGGAAGCCCCUACCUAGGAACAGAUGUUACCAGGUCUCUGAAAACUUCAGUCUUUUGUACAUACCAGAAGCACAGAAAUCGGAUUGUGGAGCCUUUUCCUGCAAUGUCAGCAAUGAUAUAAGCUGGCAGGAAACCUCAGUGAAUUUGACCAUUGAAGGGAUCAGACCUUCACUAAAGCUUGCACUGGAAAUUUCUACUGUUGCUCUUGUUAUUGCAACAACAUUGGCUGCUGGAUCUGGAUUGGGCUUCAUUAUCUUGUGCUGUCAGUCAGAGAAGAGAAAACUUACAGGAGAGCUGUGGAGGUGGCUUGUUGUAUUCAUCCAUGGGUUGGUGUGUGUCUCGGCUAUCCUGAUGUUCACUGCUGCUGUCUUCUGGAUGCAGGAAGAAGGUUUCUCCACAGCCCUUGUAUUGUAUAUGAUCUUCCUCACGGGGGUGAUCAUGGUAACGCUUCUCAUAAGUGCGGUCUUGGCGAUUUGUCCCCAACGCCUUCAGAUGUUUAAAAAGAAAACAAUGCACCGCGUCAUUCUGGAUACUGCAGCUCCUGGGGGAGUGAUUCUAGUUGUGGUGUUUGCCAUCUUCCUUACACAGAACAUCCAGCAUCUCCAAAGAAAAGGCUGCUCACCAUUUUUUGACAGCACAGCUGCCAUUCUUAUCGCUGCUGCAAUUUCUCUCCUUAUUCUUCUAGCGCCCUUUGUGUGGUAUCACAGGAAGAAAAAAAAACAAGAAAAGGAUCAGCAAGAAAGAGAACCUGCAGAAACUAGAGCUUAGCAAGGCUAUUGUGAAUCCUUCUGCUGUGAACUCUCUGCGCAUGAAUUCCUACAACCAUGGGACACCCCCUAAUCCCAAACUUCCUGAUAUGUUACCCAACUCUUUCCACUCAGAAUGCAGAGAACUGCAUGACUGACAGAUGAAUACAGUUGUGGCUCGGUCCUAGAGCUCCCUAAAUUGCUGGACUAAUUCUAGCUUAUCAUAAAGACUCGUAUUCAAACUCUAUCAGCAGUCUUACAUAAAUGAGAAAGAUGCAUUGAAAACUAUACAUAUUGUAUUACAGAAUAAUAACACUGAAGUGUUAGAAUCAUUCAGAAAGAAGUUGGUCCAUACAUCUGUUCUGUGAGUUCUGUAAAUGCUCAGAAUAACUGAGAGGAGUAGGCCAGGAAAAUUGGAUCUAAUCCCCCUUUCAACUCCCCGAUCCUGUAGGAUGUUGGGGGAUGUUUUAGUCCCUGGCAUAAUUUAGACUAACGUAAGGAUGGCUUUAAGUUACACCUGUAAAAAUUGAACCUCUACAAGGGCAGGUUAAGAUACAGGCACAAUAGGUACACGCCUAGGGGCCUAGUUCCUGAAGACACCUGCUAACAUCAGAAUCUUAGCAGUUUUUUAAAAAACAAGUGUUUAUCCCUCAUGGUUGUAAAGAAGAGCUUGAAACAUGAGCCUAAUGUAACUGAUACAGUGAUGCCUCCCUGAGUUUGCAGAGAGCCUAUAACAAUAGGCCUGUGGACUUGUCUAGAUGAAUAAUCAGUUAGUAGCAAGUUAGGGCAUGAAUCUAUCCCACACUAGCCUGCUGGCCACCAAGUGUCUGUGUGGACUGUGCUACUGCACACUUAAAUUUCCCUCGUGCUCAUUGGCCUACUCGUGUUCCAAAGCAGGGUACAUCAAAGUGCUCCAGGGAACUGUUAGUGAGCAGCCGCAGAGUUCAUAGGGACAGUUAGUGUUUGACCAGCUAGCACAAAGUAGGUUCACACCCCACCUUGCCAUGCACUAAUUGUUUGUCUAGACAAGUCCCGACAGUCAUGAACUGCCCCCUUAAUCUCAGCGGAGUGUUAACUGUGAAAUUCACUGUACUCCUGCUGACACCACCUGAGGGUUCUGAUGUGCAGGGGCCUCUUGCUGCUGCCACCUAGCAUGGUUCUGGAGGCGAUGGCAAGGCCCUUCAUACACAGGGUAUAUGCUUGAGUGGGUGGGGCAGAGACUGAGGAGGCUGCAUCCUGCCAGUAGAGGAGAUGUGGUGGGGUCCCUACCAGCCCAGAAGUUUGGUGUGUGUGUGAGACCUGCCACUAUUACCUCAAGUAGGGUGAGGGGCAUGGUGAGACUCCAUAAGGACCUGAAUUACCUUAAUCUGGCCCUGAUGCCCUAGAGGCCACUUUGCCAGCCAGGGAUCCCUGGAGCACAAGGUGCUCUAGCCUUAUUCCCUCUUGCCAUUUUCAUCUCCUUAGGUUGAUCAGGUGGCAUAGAACUGGCCAUCCCAUCUUUUAAAACACCUGAGGAUUCUUCUACAUCAGAGGAAGCCCCACCUGCCACUUCAGGGCAGUUUUCUGAUGCAGGAUGUUGCAUGAACACCACAAACUGGUGGCAUGGGAGCUAUUUAUGGUGUCUUUGGUGCACGGUUUUUCUUUGUGUUCAUGUAAAGGCUGUAAUGUGUAUCAUGAUGACAAAUUUUAUUUAUUCUUAUUCUAGCUAUAACAGUCCUUGGAUGGCCAGAGCUGCAGAACUGACCAGCCAGCUAUCAUAAACAGAUAGUUAAGGGUUAAUGUCUCUUUUACCUGUAAAGGGUUACAAGCAGUGAACCUGGACCACCUGACCAGAGGACCAAUCAGAAGACAAGAUACUUUCAAAUCUCGGUGGAGGGAAGUCUUUGUUUUGUGUUGUUUGUUUGUCUGUUGUUCUCUCUGGAUUCUGAGAAUAACCAGACGUACAUACAGGCUUUCUAAUUUUCUGUUCAAAUAGUAAAUACAAGUAGAAGGUGGUUUAGUCUUUUUGAUUGUUUUCUUUAUUUGCAAAUGUGUAUUUUGCUGGAAGGAUUUUAAUUUGUAUUUGUGCUGGGGGGAAGGCUUCUCUCUAGUGCCUAUAAGGUGAAAGACCCUGUAACCUUUUACCAUCUUAAUUACAGAGACAACUUUUAUUGUUUUUUCUUUUAUUAAAAACUUUUCUUUUUUA